GUGGGGAGAAGCGACAGGAAACAGCUUUCUUUUAACCUUCAUUUACAGGCAAUAGAAACAGGGAACAAAACCUAGCGGAGGCAUGGUGUUAAUCAAAGAGUACCGUGUCAUUCUACCAAUUGCUGUAGAGGAGUAUCAAGUGGGACAAUUGUAUUCAGUAGCAGAAGCCAGUAAAAAUGAAACUGGAGGUGGUGAAGGAGUUGAAGUACUAGUGAAUGAGCCAUAUGAAAAAGAUGGUGAGAAGGGGCAGUAUACACACAAGAUCUACCACUUGCAGAGCAAGGUACCUGCAUUUGUGCGGAUGCUUGCUCCAGAAGGGGCUCUUAACAUGCAUGAGAAAGCAUGGAAUGCCUAUCCCUACUGCAAGACAAUGGUACCUAAGGAGUUUAUGCAAGAAGAGUAUCUGAAUUGCAGGCACUCAUGGCACAAACCGGACCUGGGGACCCAGGAAAAUGUACACAAGUUAGAUCCAGAGGUCUGGAAGAACGCGGCAGUGGUUUACGUAGACAUUGCAGAUCGUAAUCAAGUGCUAUCACGGGACUACAAGCCAGAUGAAGAUCCUGCAAAAUUCAAGUCCAUCAAGACAGGUCGGGGGCCUCUAGGUCCUAACUGGAAGAAAGAACUAGCAAACCAAACCGACUGUCCAUACAUGUGUGCCUACAAACUGGUGACUGUGAUUUUUAAGUGGUGGGGGAUUCAAAACAAAGUGGAAAACUUUAUACACAAGCAAGAGAAGCGAUUGUUUACAAAUUUCCACAGGCAGUUAUUCUGCUGGCUCGACAAAUGGAUUGAGUUAACCAUGGAUGACAUCCGUCGCAUGGAGGAUGAGACCAAAAUGCAGCUAGAUGAGAUGAGAGUGAAGGACCCAGUGAAAGGAAUGUCUGCGGUGGAUGACUAAAGCUGUAUACUGUUUGCCCUGUCUGUCCAAGUACUAUCACCAAGACACCAGCUACACAAGCUUUCCAGUUAACGGCACAUCUCCGUGAAAGAAGACUUUUUCAAAGCAGCACUUAAAAAGAUGAUUUUUCAGAACCCCUUAUUUAAUCUUAGCUAUCCAUGUUUACUGUUGUGAACAGUUAAAAAUAUUAAAAUAAGCACUAAGAUUUUAGCCAUUGUUAAAAAAUGAAAUAGAUGAGGUCUAUAAAAUGUAUUCUGAUUGUUGUAAUUGACGUUUAUUUUGCUGUGUGUAUUUGGACCAAGCCAGUUAUGGCAGUGUAUUUUCUGAUUUUUAUUUCAUUGUGCAAUUUUUAGGAUUAGUUGUCUUGUGAUACAGAGGGCUGAGGUACUGUUUCUCAAAGGGGGUUAGGCUGGUAAACUUGAUUCAUCUGCAAAUGUAACACUACAAAAAUUAGCUGCAUUUCUCAGUUAUGAAUGGUAAGGGAGACAAACCACCAGAACAUGUCACUUUUACCUGUGUAUCCAUAAGUGUAUCCAUGUAAUUCUUCAGUCAGGAUCCCUACAGGCUACUCUGGUGUAUAGAGGAGCUGUAACUUGGCAUAGGUUUGAAAUAAGUCAGUAGUCAGAGAUAAUCCAGUUGAGAUGACUCUUUGGGUGAUGUAGCCAGGUGUAGUAUAGUACUGUGGAAAAGCAAUGACUAGAGGUGACUGAAAGAUGGACUUUGUUUAAUUGGUGGGUAUGCCAUGCUGCUUUCAUCCUAAAAAGUAACCGUGAUAGUAAUUAAAGGUUGUAGAUAUAUCUCAGUUGAGGGAGAGAGCUUAUUUCAUUUGAUAUGGUAUUCUUCUCAUAUGCAGUGUCCUAUGGAUUAUAUUAGUUUUAUAAGUUAACAUUAAAAACAACUAGUCAGUGUAACAUCCAGAAUAUUUUCACCAGUAACUGUAUUAAACCACUAGCACUAUUAUUUACCAGUAAUUCUGCUUCAGCUCUGCAUGUACACUUAAACACAAAUGUACAAUGCCAUGAUUCAGAAUCGCAGUUUACAUCUGAAGCAUUUGGGGACUAGGUCAUGACUUUCAAGUAAUAACUCAACAGAUGUUUGAUAGGUAAAACGACCAUAUAUUUAUUGUCUGUGUGAUGUAAUGCAUCACAAGUGUGAACCAAGCAAACACCUACAGUGGAGACUUAUGUCGCAUACUACAUAAGUUGUUGCCUACUUGAGAAUAAUGGUGGUGGUGAUCCACAUUUUCUGGAAGUGGAAAGCUGUGAAGUAUUAGUCCAAACUGGUCCUUAUUCAUGUGACCAAAUCCAUUUUACUGUGUUCCCUCUAGUAUGUUACUGGCUGGUUACACUGUUAGAGGAUGAUUUAAAGAGCAAUUUUAGGGCAAGAAGAACAUUUUUUCCUGUCAGAUUGUUUCUUCCCUACACAGUGAUCCACAAUAGUUUUUAAUAUAGUCUGAUUUAACCGUUUCUGUAGGUGUGAUGGUUUUACAAUAUUACGCCUCCUUGAUGCACACCAUGUUUGGUUGCAUGAAAUUUCAGAAUUUGGCUCAUGGGGUCAUACAUCUUAAUAUUUGAAAGUUUUGGCCCAUAAAAAACAUUUACCUGGGAUGGUAUUAGCACCCCUGUCUUCUUUCCCUCGUACAGCCAUAAAAUAAAUAUUUGACAAACUGAAAUGCAUAAUAUACUGCUGUAUAGGGAGAGCACUUUUUCUGGAGCACCAGUUGGACAGCACUGUUACUGUGUCAGUUGUGAGUGAAAGUACAGCUCAGGCGACAAUGACUAGAAUCAUGACACUGAUGAAUAACAGAGAAUGAGUCUUUGUUCGUAACAAACUCUUAGUCUUCACUAAAGUUACUAGUUAGGCACGUUUUGUAGAUGAAAAAAGUUAUGUUGUAUUAUGUUUUAAAGAUUGCAAGGAACAUAAAACAGAAGUAUUUGAAGUACACUAAUGACGCAUUCCAGAGAUUCUGAAAGCAAGCAGUAAUUGAGUAGUUUUAUUCUAAGUAAAUGGACAGAACAGCUUGAAGGAAAAGGGAGUUAAGGAAAAAAGGUCAUCACUUUAGAACACAAAAUGCUUUGGAAGAAGGUGAAAGCUUAGAUGAAAAACAAAACCAAGUGAGUGUGGCCUUCUCCGUAGGCUAAUUUGGGGUAGAACAAAUCUUUAAAAAAAUAAAUACACGUACGCACACACGUACUUACAUUUUUAUUUAUUUUUCCCCAGUCUUGAUGGUGCAGAAGGAAGGAAACAAAACUACAAUCCAGCUGACCUGAGAUUUAACAGUAUAGGGAUUGGAAGAGCCAGGGAGGGAGUGGGAAUGAGCAGCUUUGCUGUCUCUUUUAUGCAAUGUCACUAAUUCCAACCAGUUAAGGCACAUAAAAAAGGGUGUAGUAUAUAUGGCUGUGGCGCACAUUUAUUAUGUGCUGCAAUUUUAGAUAGAUUUAGUCAAUGAUUACAGUGGUCAAAUUAUAUUAUAGUCAAACUGCAAAAGUUCGACUGUAAUAUAAUUUUAGGAGUUAUUGUCUUUCUCCUUGGUUGUGCAGCCAUGGAGUUAGUAUAUUUAAUUUCUGGGGUUUUGUGGGCAGAGCCACCCAACACAAAAGGAAUGCCAAAUGUAACCCAUUUAUUCACAUUACUUUAAUUCACUUUAGUUCAGACUUUUUUGGUAGAUGUUUGACAUCGCCAAUGAACUUUUUGGACAAAUGUUUCUGCUGAUGAAAGUUAUCAAAAAUCCUCCCUGGCACGCAGGGCUAGCAUAUCUGAUACUGCAGGAUGGUUUCACUCCACUUCCCCUGCCCAACCUGCCACUGGUGCAGUCCCAGCCCUGGAGAGUAGUACUUAGAGACACUUAGGGAUAAGUGAUGCAGCCAGGCAGCUGAUGGUCAGCUGGGAGAAUGCAAAGGGAGGGUGAGAAUAUUUACUUAACUUCCUGUGUUAGUGAUGUGAAUAAGUUAAAUGUGUUUAUGCCAACUGUAUAGUACAUAAGGAUAAAAAUCUCUUGCUGUGCUCGAGCCAACCCAAGUUUCAUUAGUGACCCAGAUAAUAUAGGACCCAAAUGGAGAGUGGUGAGACAGAUGUUGGCUUGCCUGUCCCAAACAGGGUGUUGCUACAGUGCUUCAUUGUUUGAGUGACACCAUGUUAGAAAACCGGUGCUAGGACAGCAGCUACAGUACUCCAAAAAAAAUGAAGACAGUAUAGCCUACCAAGCAGUGUUACAUUCAUCAGUGCUAGAGUGCUUGUAUGUAAACAUGUACCUAAAUCCCAGUGUUUCAGACCUUGCUUCAGCAGUUUACUAUUCAGACAAUAGUUUGUGAUGGAGUUACACCCCCAAUAAACAAACAAAAGUCAUGGAUAUCUGCCAACAUUUUUUUCUGUUACCCUUACUGUCCAUCAGAUGUUAUCGGGCUACAAAAAGAAAAAUUCCUUUUGGAAUGGAGGACCACCCCGCUAUAUGGUGUAGUGAGGUCUUAAGGGGCUAAACAGGUAUGGGGGAGUGAAAACUAUAGGGAAUUGAUAAUCUAGGUUGGGGAGGACCAAAAAUAUAUAAACAUCUGAUUUUUUUUUUCAUCGUGGUGGUUCAUUAAAGGGCAGAGCUUAAUUUUUUAUUUCUCCUUUUUUUCCACUUUUGCUUUCUCUUUCCUUUGAAAACUCUGUGACCAAAUUAAAGACCACAUUACCUGUGCUCAGCUUUGUUGAACGAGAACAGUUGUUCAGAAACAGAUUACUGUCAGGCUAAUUUAACCGUAGCACAAAUCAUUUUAUAUCAUGUGACCAUGUUUUUAGUUAUUGAAGGAAAUCACGUACAUUUUUGUUUGCACAUAUGCAGGGCCUUCUCUUAUAUAUACUUAGAAUUUCUAAUGUUGCACUUCAAAAGCUGUAUCAUAUUAGAUAGGAGAUUGUACAGAUGUCAUUGUUGAAAAUAAACAAGGUUUAGUACAGCAGUGUCGAUGAAAAGCACAAUUUAUUGUAAUUUAUAAAUGUCUGUGAAUAUUCUGAUCAAUUAAAUAUCUAUGACACAGUGGAAAGAUUGCACUUUGUGGUCCAACCCCUGAUAAUGGGAGUGGAUGCUACACAGAAAUGGUUGGGAGUACCUAGCAGGCUGCAUUUCUUCAGGAGAGAAAACAUCUUGAAUUCCCUCACGAUAUGAGAUUGGGUGAUGUUAAGUGGUUUUCUGGCAGUAUGGUGCUGCAUAUACCUCUCAACUGUAUUCCUUGGUAUUUCUGAUUUUUGAGGGUGAAAUAAUAGUGUGCCACGAAUUCCUGAGUGGCCCCUUCAAAUCCCAAUUUUUUUGUUUUAUUUACAUUUUUUAGUUAACUGUGACAACAUCAUGUCAUCAACGUACACAGGUGCUGGCAGCUGGUGUCCUUCACCUGGGAACCAAUGAAGUUGGACGUCACCCCCCCAAAACAGGCAGAAGAAGAGAUGCCUCCUUCACCUAUUUCUGACAUAGAGUCAAGAAGAAAAAACACAGCCCAAACCCACAACUGAACAGGUGCCGAGCGGUGAGGUACAAGUGACUUCUUUGAUGGCAAAGUCAACAUGUUGUAUUAAGUCAGGAUUGUUGGGAGAUCUAUUACUACAGACUGGACACACUAGGCUGGAUAUUGUAACAUUGACGUUUGGAACUGAAGAGAACAGCUGUUCUAUAGUAAAACUAUUUGUUUAGCAAUUUUAGUAUCUCUGGUUGGACUCUGGUUUUUUUGCUAUAAAAUAAAGGCUGCAGCAUGUCUUUUCUGUAGUAAUUUGGGGCCAUCUACAGGGACUGAGUGGUUUGCUUUGGUUUAAAUUGGAAGGCAUUUUGUGUGUGUGUGUGUGUGUGUGUGUGUGUGUGUGUGUGUGUGUGUGUGUGUGUGUGUGUGUGUAUAGCUUAGAUUCUUAGAAAGAUACAGCCAAAAUGCUUAAUGUUGUGCACAUCCCAGGUAUACGGUCUCUUCUGGUCUUUGUGGUCCAAUAUAUGUUUUACAGGCUGCAAUAAACUUCACAUGAAACCUGAAUGCCCUCUACAUUUCCAGCCAGUUAAGCAACUAAGAGAUUUUCUUUGUAUUAAUUAUUGGUACUUGAGCUUGAUAACUGGGGUGAGAUGUUAAUUUUAUAGUGCUGAUAGGACUUAGAGCUUAUUGUAGGGAAAAUGGAGCCAUGUCCUUGUGGAAAUAAAGUUCCUCAAGCAAGGACCAGCUUCACAGUACACAGUCUUAUAACUUUUUUUAUAUCCUUUAUGAAGAUAUGCCAAUGUCGUUUAGUGACAAGUAGCUGAGAGACUGUCUUUUUGUAGACCAGCCACGCACAUACUGGGAGGGGUCAUGGGGUUUGGUUUACCGGUACAUGUGGUGGUGCUUAGGGUGGGUCUUGAUUCCAUGCCGAACUCUGUGACUGAUGUGAGUAACAAAGGAUAUUUUAAGGUUUGGUAGGAUUAGGGUGAUUAGGCAUUACCCCAACUGGUUUGCUUUGCUGCUUAUCACUGAAAAGGUGCUUGUCUCUAAAAUGUAUUUAUUUAUGGGGGGUGGGGGUGGAAUUACAUCACUCUCUUGGCACUCAGAACGUCUGAGUAUUGUACUGGUCCUCAUGCAGUGACGGUGUUUUCAACUGCCUUGAUUUUUUUCCCCUUUAAGACUUGUUCUUUCUACCAUUGAGUAUACAUAAAUUGCUUACAUUUAAAUAAAGAUGCGCACUUUCUUAUUCAAAUA